AUGCAGCGCGGGAAAACAGCACGCAGCAGACAUCCGAGAGGAGCUCGGUUUGUACUCGGUGAGUACACUGCCGCCUACGAAACAGCCAUUCGCAGCAACACUUUGCUUGAUGGAGGUUACGAUCCUAUUUCCCGUCCCAAGGCUACCACAGAGGUCAGAGUCGGCAUCGGUAUCCUAGCUAUCGAUCAACUGGAUCUUCGAAACCAGAUGUUCACGUUUGCUGGUUGGAUGGAGGUGGAAUGGCGGGACGAGAGACUGAAAUGGACCCCGGCAGCAGGAAAUGGGAACAUAGAGAGUGUCUUCUCAACGAGCGACAUUAUAUGGAAACCGGAAUUAGUCAUAGACAAUGCGUUAGAGGACCUAGGCGUGAUUACGGCAGACAAUCUCAACCUCAGAUAUGAUUUCGAAGGAGAUGUGAAGUGGGAACCUCCCAGACUUUUCAACGUUCACUGUCAGGUUGACGUGACGUUCUACCCGUACGACCAACAGAAGUGCUCCAUAGUUGUGAUUGGAUGGAGCUACACGGUUGAAGAAGUGGAUCUAGCAUUCCUGUCCAAGGCUAUCAACACUGACGACCUCGAAACACACGGCGAAUGGAUCGUCACGCAGACGGAGACCGUGAAAGCUGUGUUAGAGGAAACACUGGAAGACGGUACUAAACGUCGAUUUCCACAACUUGAGUUCUGGAUAAGCAUCCAGCGGCGACACGCGUUUUACAACCUCAACGUCAUCAUGCCUGUGGUAGUGACGUCACUACUGAUCGCACUGACGUUCAUCGUGCCAUUCGAAUCAGGCGAGAAGCUCUCCUACAUUCUCACGGUGUUUCUGUCCCUAGUCGUGCUCCUUACUGUAACUGCGGACGCACUCCCUCCCACUUCAAUCACAGUUUCCAAUCUAGCUAUGUACCUCGGGAUCGUGACGGUCCUGUCGGCGGUAGGGAUGCUGACAACAGUCCUGCUGCUGAUGGUCUACCACAACGAGGAUGGUAUCAGCGAGUCUACAUCCGCCUCAAGUGAAUGCAUUUUGUUGAUCGCUAGGGUCGCCGCUACAUUAAUCUGCUCGUCCAAAAGACACCUCAUAGGGCGGCGGGUCUCAUCAAAAGUGGUAAAAGUGGUGCCCGUGAAUGGUCAUGAACAUGCAGCCUUGGAACAGCGCGUGAAGAGCGCUGAAUCAGGCAAAAAGGGCGCCGACGACGAAAAAGCAAACGUAACCUGGCAGGAUGUGGCUAUAAUUCUGGACAGAUUCGUCUUUAUUGUAUUCCUGGCGGUGACUGUCGCCAUUAACUUUGGAUUUCUGGUAGGACUCGUUGUUGGUGGGAAAACGACUGUUCCAUAAUGACGUCACAACAAAAGCGAUGGCGUCACGUAUCACAUGAAGUUAUGUUGAUUGCCAUGUACUUAACUCUUAAAUAUCUAUAAAGUUUUAUAAUUUAUAUUUUUAGAGAGAUUAGACAGAAUAUUAUUUGAAUGACAAAAGGUUGGCAGUUUGUUUAAACCCAAAAGAUCUAACAUAUAAAAUUCCCAAUUUAUUUUAUCUUCUGUUUUGUGUACAUUGCUUAAAAAUAUUGUCAAUAAUUGCUCAUUUUGUAAGAUUACAAUACAUUGACUUUAUAAUUAAACUGCAUAACUUAUUUCACUGUAGUAUAUGCUCAUUUAUAGCAGACAUUUAAAGUUCCCGUUUCUGCUCGUGAUGUUUUGCUAAGAAUAUGGUCGAACGUCCAUUUUCGGGGGAUAAAAUUCGGAGAUAAAUACGGCGACCGGAAAAUACAGCGCAUACAAUACAAUAAUUGUUAUUGUAGUAAUUAAAUAAACUUCUGACAUUA